CUUGCGGCUGUGUCCACUACACCUCCCUCUGUGCACUCCUCAACAUGUAUCUCAUCUAGCCAGCACACAGAAACGGGUCGGCGCUAACUACACCGCGUGUAUGCUCGCGCGGGCUUUCCUGUCUCUUUCGGGAUCGAAGAAGCAACUUGCGAAGCUUGCAUCAGGCUUAGUAGUUGCUGCAAAUAGUUCUGCUUCAGCCCAGGGCUUGCACAACUCUGAGUUUGCACUUCCCUCUUUCCUGCAACUUUCUUCUUUCGCCUCGCGAGGCCACCUCCGCGAGAAGCAAACCAUGACAAACCCGGAGGAGGCCAUUGCGGCUCCCGCCGCGGACGCCCCCGCUGAGGCGCCCAAGGCCCCUAAGGCCCCCAAAGAGAAGAAGGAGAAGCCGAAGAAGGAGGCUAAGGCGGAGGGAGAGGGCAAGAAGUCGGGCGGCGGCGCCGCGGCCGGCGGCGAGAGCAAGGGCCUGGGCCUGCGCAACAGCAAGAAGGACAACUUCGGCGACUGGUACUCGGAGCUGGUGGUGGCGUCGGAGCUCAUCAGCUACUACGACGUGAGCGGCUGCUACAUCCUGCGCCCCUGGGCCUACGCCAUGUGGGAGGUGGUGCAGGGCUGGUUCGACCAGCGCAUUAAGAAGCUGGGCGUGCAGAACUCGUACUUCCCGCUGUUCAUCACGGAGGACGUGCUGAACACGGAGAAGGACCACGUGGAGGGCUUCGCGCCCGAGGUGGCCUGGGUGACCAAGUACGGCAACAGCACCAUGGAGAAGCCCAUCGCCAUCCGCCCCACCUCGGAGACGGUGAUGUACCCCUACUUCUCCCAGUGGAUCCGCUCGCACCGCGACCUGCCGCUGCGCCUGAACCAGUGGACCAACGUGGUGCGCUGGGAGUUCAAGUACCCCACGCCCUUCAUCCGCUCGCGCGAGUUCCUGUGGCAGGAGGGCCACACCGCCUUCGCCACGCAGGAGGAGGCGGAGCGCGAGGUGCUGGACAUCCUGGAGCUGUACCGCGGCGUGUAUGAGGACCUGCUGGCUGUGCCGGUGACCAAGGGCAAGAAGUCCAAGAAGGAGCAGUUCGCGGGCGCCUUCUACACCACCACCGUGGAGGCCUACAUCCCCGAGACCGGCCGCGGCAUCCAGGGUGCCACCAGCCACUGCCUGGGCCAGAACUUCUCCAAGAUGUUCAACAUCACCUACGAGGACGACGACCGCCAGAAGCAGCACGUGUGGCAGAACUCCUGGGGCCUCACCACGCGCUCGCUGGGCGUGAUGAUCAUGACGCACGCCGACGACAAGGGGCUGGUGCUGCCGCCGCGCGUGGCGCCCAAGCAGGUGGUGCUCAUCCCCAUCCCCAAGGCCUCCACCGCGCCCGAGGCGGUGCAGGCCAUGCUGGACAAGGUGGACGAGCUGACCAAGGCGCUGGAGGACAAGGGCGUGCGCGUGGUGACCGACACGCGCUCCAACUACACCCCCGGCUGGAAGUACAACCACUGGGAGCUCAAGGGCCUGCCGCUGCGCGUGGAGCUGGGACCCAAGGACAUGGACAACGCCGCGGUCAUGACCUGCCGCCGCGACACCGGCGCCAAGGAGGUGGUGCCGUGGGCGGACGUGGCCACGCGCAUCCCGGAGCUGCUGGAGACCAUCCAGGCCGACAUGUUCGCCGCCGCCAAGUCGCGCACCGCCAACUGCACCGAGACCUGCCACAGCUGGGAGGAGUUCAUGGCGGCGCUGGGCAACAAGCACAUGGCGCUCACGCCCUGGGCCGACGAGGAGGAGAUCGAGGAGGAGGUGAAGAAGAAGUCCACCACCCCCGACGCCAUGGGCGCUAAGACGCUGUGCCUGCCCUUCGAGGCGCCGCCGCUGCCCGAGGGCACCAAGUGCUUCUACUCGGGCAAGCCCGCCAAGAACUGGGCGCUGUGGGGCCGCUCCUACUAAGGCGACGGCGGCAGCAGCAGUGGCAGCAGCGGAGGCGGCAGCUUAGGAGGCAGCAGCAGCAGCUGAUGCUGGGGAGGCGCUGGAGCUUGUGCUUGAGAGGAGGACUCGGUUGGCUGUAGCGGCAGUAGCAGCUUAAAGCCGGCUUGGACUGGUGUUGAGGCAGCAGCGGCGGGGCCGGCGGUCAGGGACGUUGUGCCACAUGAUGUCGGGUGGCAGUGCGGCGGCAGGAGUGGAACUUGAGGCUCCGGGCUCCCUCGGAUGAGAGGGGUGCCGCGGUGAGCGUGUGCGGACCAGGCGCUGAGCUGGGAGCUGCGGAGGCGGCAGCGUUUGACCGUUGGGUACCGCGCGUGUGAUUCCCGGAUGAGCUGGCAGGAUGAGGAGGUUCUGAAGUGGUGCUUGCGAGAUGAGGAUGUGAUGCUGGCCUGGGGACGGGGGCUGGCGGUGGAGCGUGCGGGGCAAGAAGGAGCUGGGAAGUGGAGGGGGGUCGUGAGCCGCAGGGUGGCGUGAGUGCGUGGCUGCGUGCGCGGCGGUGCCGCCGACCGAGGGGACUAGCCGUCUAGCCCCCUUGUAAGGUGUGGUGACUUUGUGGGUGAACCAGAGUUCGUCAGCUUGUGUUGUCCCGGAUGCACGGUCAGGGUCAGGGACUCUUGGACUUGGAGUUAAGCCUGAGUAAGGGCAUAAGCAAAG